AUUUAUAAUUUAAUAUAAAGACUUACACAGAUUAAAUCAAAGGGAUCUCAAUUUUGUGCUUUGGGAAAAGGGAAAGAAUAUGGGUUUGUUGGUUUCUCGAGUGAUGUCUUUAUUCAGAGAAUGGUCUCAAGGAAGUCCGUCCAGGCUGUUAAUGCUUGGACUGGAUGCAGCAGGGAAAACCACGUGUUUGUACAAGCUGAAGCUGAAUGAAACAGUAACGACGAUCCCGACCAUCGGAUUCAACGUCGAGACCGUCACACCCUUACCAGGGUUAUCAUUCACCAUGUGGGAUGUCGGCUAUCAGGAUAAGCUCAGACCAUUGUGGAGACAUUACUACCCUGGGACAGACGGUGUGAUCUUUGUCGUAGACAGUCAAGAUCAAGAGCGUUUCGCAGAGGCCAGGGACGUACUACUCGGUAUACUGCAGGAUGAUGCGAUGGACAGAAAUGUCCCUGUCUUAAUCCUCGCCAACAAACAAGAUAUGCCUGGUGCAUGUGAUGUCACUAAAUUGACCGACGAACUCCAACUCCAAAACCUUACCCAGAAUUCUUGGCAUAUCCAAGGCGCAUGCGCUACAACUGGAGAUGGUUUGUACGAGGGACUUCAACAGCUUUCGAAGAUGAUCGCAGAAUUCAAGAACUCUUGAUAAUCUUGUCACAGACAAUCAAUAGUCGUUGGAUGAAUCAGGAAUGUUAAGACAAAACAAAACAAAAUGAGCUAUAAUGCCAACAAGGGCCCCGAUCCCUCUAUAUAAUUGAUG